AUGGCGGGGCGGUGGUGCCGGGGGGGAUGUCGUAGCGGCCGCGUCAGCGGGAGCCCGACGGCGAUUGGGGGAGGCCGCCCUGUCCCCGCGGUCCCCAAUUAUAAAGUGCCGCCGCCGCCGCCCGCACACGCUCUGCAGCGGCGCGCCCGGCCCCGGCAGCGGGCUCGGCUCGGCGCCCUCGCUGGAGCUGCCAGCAGGCCCGGCCCGGCCCGGCUCGGCUCGGCUGCUCUGCCCGGCCUGCCUCCCCCGGGGCUUCUCCGUAGGCUGCUCGGUCUCGCUAUAAACAUCAGUGGCUCCGACGCCGCGGCUUCAGCAAGGCGCAGCUCCUUUCUCUCAGCAACUCCCGGGAGCCCCGAGGGCAGCGUCCCCAUGGCGUUGCUCCUGAGACUCGGCUGCUCGCUGCUGGCCCUCAGCACCUGCCUGCUCCCGAGGGCCCGCGCCGACUGCGGCCGCGACUGCGCCGCCUGCGCCUACCACCUGGGACCCCGCGCCGGCAUCCACCCCCUGGCGUGUACACUAGAAUGCGAAGGAAAACUGCCUUCUGCCAAAGCCUGGGAGACCUGCAAGGAGCUCUUGCAACUGGCAAAGCUGGAUCUUUCUGAGGAUGGCAACAUUGCUCCAGGAGACAAGAAAGAGCUGGACGAGAACCAUUUGCUUGCGAAGAAGUACGGAGGCUUCAUGAAAAGAUACGGGGGUUUCAUGAAGAAAAUGGAUGAGCUCUAUCGGGCAGAGCCAGAGGAUGAAGCUAAUGGAGGAGAAAUCCUGGCUAAGAGGUAUGGAGGGUUUAUGAAGAAAGACUCGGAUGACGAUGCCCUUGCCAACUCCUCUGACCUCCUGAAGGAGCUUCUGGGAACAGGGGAUAACCCCGAAGCAGCGCACUACCGAGACGUAAAUGAAAACGAUGGCGAUGUCAGCAAAAGAUACGGAGGCUUCAUGAGAAGCACAAAGCGCAGCCCUGAGUUGGAAGACGAGGCCAAAGAGCUGCAAAAGAGAUAUGGUGGCUUCAUGAGAAGAGUGGGCAGGCCAGAGUGGUGGCUGGAUUACCAGAAACGAUAUGGUGGGUUCCUUAAGCGCUUUGCCGACUCCAUUCUCCCUUCAGAAGAAGAUGGGGAAACUUAUUCCAAAGAAGUCCCAGAGAUGGAAAAGAGAUAUGGUGGUUUUAUGAGAUUUUAAUACCUUUCCCUUUAUCCCUUUUGUCCUAAAUGAGAAAGACUGCCUUAUUUGUCAUAAUUUAUUGUAACGUGUUGCUUGUACUGUACAGUUUUUUACUGUCCUUGGUUAAUGAUGCAAACUGCGAUUUGUUGUUUCAGGUUCUGUGUUCUUUCAAGUCAAAUAACUACUUUCUGGUUUAGUCAAGUUUCAGUCUGUAUUGUAAUUUCCAUGCUAGAACUAUUUUGAUUACUGUAUUUGUUUUCUUUAAAGAGGAACUACAUCUACAGUAGAGUUGCUUAACUGUACAUACAAUAAAUUCUUCAUCCUAACUGCAAAAA